UUUGUGAAUGUGCAUCAUCUGAUCUUGAAGUUUCACAUACAAGUGUAGACUUUGAAAGUGAACUUUACAAAAAAAUAUUUGAUUCGCAUGAAUUUUCACGUGACAAUGCAGCUUUAAGUACAUUUAUUACUGCAUUUAAAACACCUUGUCGUGCAAUUAAUCCAGUUACUAAUGAACAAUGCGAUGGUUUACCAAUAUUAAAAGAAUAUUCAUAUAUAAGAUGCAAUAAAUGGCAAUCUACUCAAUGCAAUCAUCGUUAUAUAACUAUAAAUUCACGUGUAAAUAGACAAUAUUUGGAAAAAUUAUUUUGUGAAUAUAGUUAUAUUGAUUCACAAUCAAUAAUAACUGAUCCAAUAAAAGAUUGUUAUUAUGUACAGCCAAUUAGUGGAAAAACAAGUUUAUGCCCAAAAAUAAUUCAAAAACCUUGUAAUGUAAAAUUUUAUCAUUUUUUACCUUUAAAUCUUGUUGAAUGCCCAUUUAUCGUAAUUGUUUCUAUUGGUGAGCAUAAUCAUCCACCACCACCUCCUGUAAAAACACCAUCUACAAUUGUACAAGAUUUGGAAAAUAUUAUUAAUUAUGAAAAUUCAUUAGAAUUAACAGGACGUAAAUUUUUAACACGUCCAAUGCUUAAAGCAUAUUUAAAUGGCGUACAAAAGUGA